ACUUGACUUCGACUUCGACCAACCGUUGUGUCAAAUGACGUUUGAAAACAAAACCACAAGCAAAAUCUUUAUGAAUUUAAAUGUUAUUUUUGCAUAAAAUAUGAAAAUGCUUUGCGCAACAUACUUUGUAUAGUAUAAUUUAUAUUAUAAUUUAUAGUGUUUAUUAUGCGGGCGCGGACUGUGCGGUGCGGUAACGUUUUUAGUGACAAAACCUAAGGUUCCAGUUUUUACAUGUGAAAAAUGAGUUCCUCGGAUUUAUCUCUCAUAGAAAGAUUACGGAAGGAAAAUUUAGAUCAAUUUUUCACUUUGGUUCGCAUGCAUCUAUCGUUUGUAGUAGAUAUAAACACUGACGAUGUUGAUUGUUCAACAGAUAAACCAAAGCAAUUCCGAUGGAAUUUCCACAAGAAAACUAAACACACUGGUUCAAAUUCUAGUCAAAAUACUAAUAAUAAUGCCAAGAAUGUAGAAGCUAGUUCUAUAACUGAAGAUGGUAUACUUAGGCUAAAUGAAUUGAUAGAUUUUCUAUCUAAACAAGACAAUGUAACCCAAGAAGGUAUAUUUCGGCGCACGGGGUCUCUCAGCCGUCAGCAGGAAUUGAGGCAGCUUCUCCUGACUGGCUCGAGUUUGGAGCUUGAUGAGGGACGGUUCUCUGUCCACGACUGUGCGUCAGUACUCAAGGGGUUCCUCGCUGAGCUACCUCAACCGCUGUUGAUGGAUCAGUAUUAUCAGACUUAUUGCACACUGGCCGCACAAUAUCCCCCAAACGCUGAAUCAUCCGAAGCAAAACUACUGACAGCAUUACAACUGCUGUUACUCCUACUGGCUCCGUCGCACCGAAGUUUCCUGGAGAGGUUGCUUUCUUUGCUGCGGCUCGUUGCUGACAACGAGGCCUCUAACCGCAUGUCGCCCGACACACUGGCUACCAUGUUCACACCUCACUUACUGUGUCCGAGGAAGUUAUCGCCUGAGACGUUCCACACGGAAGCGAUAGCCCUGGCUCCGGUGAUCAGCUUCAUGAUCCGGCACAGCGCGCGGCUGUUCCGUGCGCCGGCGCAGCUGGCGACGGACGCGGCCGCCUACUUCACUGUGCGAGAGAGACAGCGAGUGUUGUCGCCAGACGUCGAUCUCGAUGAGAGCAUCACUGACAAAACGGCCGCCCGCACCGUGUACACGUUCGUGGACCGCGGCCGCUCGGAGCUGGAGCACGCGCACAACCCCACCGACACAGCGCUGGCGCAGCUCUACGCGCACAUCCAGGCGCUGCCGGACUCGCAGCACAAGCGCCGGCUCGUCAAGCACUUCAACCGACAGAACGGAUACGGUACUCCGAUUCAAAUCCAGAGGACGGGCAAAGUCGCCGGGUCGCGAAGUUUCGGGGACUCCAUCAAGCGCCACAUCUUCAACAAGGGCCUUCUCAAUAAGACCCCUAAAAAGGGAUCCGGCUCCAACAUCAACACUGUUGAAGAGAAAUCGAGCAAAGGAAAAUUACGUUUCCCGGACGACAGUAAAGUCGAUGUUUCUCAUAAAAAUAUCGUUUUGAAAAAUCUAGCGAACAAAAUAGCCAGUUCGGAAUCCUUAGAUGACAACGACAGUUAUGAAUCGGACGCGAGCAACGAAAGCACUCUUUCCGAAGGCGCUUUGAAUAAAUCUAAAAAAUUAAGCCCCAAAUUCGUGUCAGAGCCGAAUUUGAGUGUGUUGGACGCGGAAGAAACGCCAAAGAACACAAAGAAACGAACAAGAUUGUUUCGAUCUAAAAUACUGUCGGCGUCUCAGAAUUUGAAUAAGAAAUAUCAGAAACGAACCGCUAUAAGAGGUACACCGACGUCUUGCGUUUCUUGCUUCGACGAGCAGGAUACUGGUUCCGAAAAUGACAUUUCUCACCCAGAAAAUAAAGAAGAAAUUGCCACGCCGAAGAAAGCCACACAAGAGGAUGCUAAUGAUAUGGAAUUAAAGUUACACUAUCUAACAAGUACCCCCGGAAUGUCAGAAGCGGUGGUUUUUGAAGAGGAAUGCAGCACUCCUUUUACGGUGAAUUUUAGAAGAGCCUCUAUGUCACCCAUCACUAAAUCUACUCAAAAGUUGUCCAAGGCCAUGCAGGAAUCGAUAAUGACGCCGCGCUCCCGCAAGCCGCUGAUCGUGACUUGUUCUCAGCGCGACAGUCUGCCGGAGACGGACAAACAUAAACCGGAACCGGUCUAUCAAUCUAUGUCCAUUUCGCCAAACAAUGAUAGCGAUUUCGUGUCGUCUGACGAUGAUAUGUCCAGGUCCUCUUAUUAUGACAGAUCAAAUACAUCUACGUCACGACAGAAAACAUCUUUCGACGGCCGCUCCACAUCGACCGGCGACGUCAGUCCGCUACGAUCGCACACGACACGAUUCGUGAUCAGCCACGACCGGCCAACCAUCGCCCAAGACCUCAACACAACUCUUUGCGGCACGGAAGAAGAACUGCCAAAGUUAAAGAUCUCACAUGAACAGAAAACUAAAUCCCUAACUGAACCAUUCAGGGAAUAUCUACUCAGUCGAUCAGUGUUGACCGCCACACCGGUCGACUUAUCGAUUCUAAACAAAUCGAGCGAUACGGACGAAAAGAUUUCCGAAUCACUCAUGUAUUGCCUCGACGGCAAUGUCCCAUCAGAUUUGACUUUAUCGAUUAGCAAUUUGGCAGUCGAUAAAGAUACUCGAUCUCCGCUGAAGAAUCUUGUAAAUAUUAGUCCUAGUCGUAAAAGAUGCGCUAGUAAGGACGACGCAUCUACGGAAAUUAAAAAGUCUAUGGUCGAAAAGGAAAAUUUAAAAGAAUCACAAGUCUUUGAAAUAAGAGAGACUGAGCUAUAGUUAUUAUAUUAGGUAAUUCCGCUGCUUAAUUUUAAAACCCAGUAAGACACUUAUUUUCAAGUCGACUUGUUAAGCUGUCAGAAAACGCGUGAAAAAAUGUUGGAUUUUAAAAUAUAGCAACAGGCUUAGAAUUAAAUACUAAUGUGAUUUUACUGCCUUAUUGAAAUAAUAAUUGGUACAUAUAGUUGUAGUAAUAAUUUUUUUUAGAUGAUAAAUAAAAUGUCUUUAGAAUUUAUUUUAAAUACAUUUUCGUAUAUGGCUUUGGAUAUGUGAUUUAGUUAAUGUUGAUAUUACAGUGUUAACUGUUGAGCCUUAAAUUGUUAUGCAAACAAUUACGCAUCUCAUUUUAAAAAUAUAUAAAUUACAUUAUUUGUUAUUUGAUAGUUUUUAGUUUCUAAGAAUUAUUACCAGUGACAAUAAAACAUAAUAAUUUUAUCUAAUAUUCCGAUUCCGAGAAAAAUUUUGAUGACGGCAGUCAAAAUUUUUAGGGAAAAUUUUCAAACAUUUUUUUUUUAAUAAAAAUAAUUUUAAUCCAUUUUCGAUUCAUGAUCACUUAAAAUCUUCCAUUUCUUUUUGGACUUAUCGGUACAACAAAAUCAGCUCCACAAUUUCUUUUUGUGUGGUCCAAAUUAUAGGCUUAUUUUGCCGCUGUUUAAGCUUACAACUUUAUUCGUAACAUUAUCUAAUUAGAACCAAAUAUUAUGUUAGCCGAUGUGUACGGUGUGGUACCACGCAAAUAAUACGAUUAUUAUAAAUAUUUGAAACUA